CUCCGUGGCCCCUGAAGUAUGCCUCGGGGGCUGGACCCUCCUCCCUUUGCACACAUCCAGGUGUGAAUAAAAAGGAGCCGGGUCUGCACUCCACUCCAUUCUCUCGUCUCCAUCCCAAGCAGACUGACUCCUCCACCAUGUCCUCCUUCGCUCGGUCCGUUACCUUCUCCAGCGGGAGCCGCCUCAGCUCGGCGAGGGCCCCCAGCGUGUACGGCGGCGCCGGCGGGUCGGGAGUCCGCAUCUCCAGCAUGAGCUCUCCCAGGAGCUUCUCCUCCGCCGGGUCAGGGUUUUCUGUCGCCGGGUCCGGCGGCGGUGGCUUCAACCUGGCCGACGGCGUCGACAUCUCCGACAACAAGAAGGUGACCAUGCAGAACCUCAACGACCGCCUGGCAUCCUACCUGGACAAGGUGCGCUCCCUGGAGAAGGCCAACGGGGACCUGGAGCUGAAGAUCAGGCAGUUCCUGGAGAGCAAGACCAAACCGGAGAGCCACGACUGCGUUGCGUUCAAGGCCACCAUCAGCGACCUGCAGGACAAGAUCUUCAUCGCCACCCGGGAGAACGGAUCUCUGUACCUGUCCAUCGACAACGCCAAGCUGGCUGCAGACGACUUCAGGACCAAGUUUGAGAACGAGCUGGCCAUGCGCCAGUCGGUGGAGGCCGACAUCGGGGGACUGAGGCGAGUCCUGGACGAGCUGACCCUGGGACGGUCCGACCUGGAGAUGCAGAUCGAAUCGCUGAGAGAGGAACUCAUCCAGCUGAAGAGGAACCACGAGGAGGACCUGCUGGGCAUGCAGGCCCAGGUGGGGGGGCAGGUGAACGUGGAGGUGGACGCCGCUCCCCAGCAGGACCUGUCCGCCGUCAUGGCCGGGAUCAGAGAGCACUACGAGACCGUGGCCAACAAGAACCGCAAGGAGCUGGAGUCCUGGUUCCAGACCAAGUCCGAGGACCUGAACAAGGAGGUGGCCGUGAGCACGGAGACGCUGCAGUCGUCCCGCUCCGAGGUGACGGAGGUGAAGCGCUCGCUGCAGGGCCUGGAGAUCGAGCUGCAGUCCCAGCUCAGCAUGAAGAAGUCUCUGGAAGGCACCCUGGCCGACACCCAGGGGCGCUACGCCAACAUGCUGGCAGGGUACCAGAGGCAGGUGGGGGGGCUGGAGGAACAGCUGGCCCACCUCCGGGCCGACCUGGAGAGACAGGGUCUGGAGUACCAGAUGCUGCUGGACAUCAAGACCAGGCUGGAGAUGGAGAUCGCCGAGUACAGGAGGCUGCUGGACGGGGAGAGCUUCAGCGCGUCCACCGCCUCUUCAUCUUCAUCUAAAAGUAAAGUUAUGAUCAUCACCAAAGAAUUCAGCGACGAUGAGCUGCUGAGUGCCGAGAUCCAGAAGUGAGACCGCAGCACGCCCUUCACAAUAAAAUGAUCUGAAAAGUG